GGUUGGCACAUCUAGAGUUUCAUUUCUUUCAUUAUUAAAUUUGUUCUCUUUUAAUAGGGCCUAUUAUAAUUGGGAAUACUGCUGCUAGAGAUAGGCCAGGUUUUCCUCUGAAACCUGGCAUGUUCAUGUCAAAUGAACCAGGUUAUUAUGAAGAACAGAAAUUUGGAAUAAGAUUGGAAACUAUGAUGAUGGUUGUAAAAGCUCAUACAAGGUAUCACUUUAACGACCAGAAAUUCUUUACAUUUGAACCUGUAUCUUUCGUACCGUUUGAACCAAAGCUGAUUAAUUUACAACUUCUUAAUAAAAAACAGAAAGAAUGGUUAAAUUGGUAUAAUAUGAAAACGAGAAAUACUGUUGGAAUAGAACUUAGAAGACAAAGCAGGGAACGAGGACUUCAUUGGUUGCUUGAAAAAACUGAAUACGUUCCUGUUGAUGGGGAUUUCAAUCAUGGUUCCAGUUUAUUAUCAAAAUCAAGCAUUAUUGUAAUUACUGUUUUCAUUUUGGUUUUGUUUUGAAUUUUAUAUUAUUAUGGACAUUGCUUUAAACUUUCAAAACUGCCGUUAAAUUUCCAGCAAAGUAAAGCAAAAAAAGAGAAAAGUUCAUAUGUUUUUUAAAAUAAUUUUUUGUAUCAUAAACUUUUGUGUAAUACUUUUGUAUACUUUUAAAGCAAAUAUAUUUUUGUGAGAUCAUUGUAAAAUUGUAUUCUCACCAAGAAAUCAAAUGUAUGUUCCAUUUCUUAUGCUUUCAGAACUGAGAAUUAUAAUGCACCAAAUGCUUAUACUGUAAUCUAUUUAAUUUUUAAUUAGGCAUCUGAGAAGAAAUGUGAGCUGCAAAAAAAGCAUUUUUAGACUGUGGUUUUAUGUUAAAAUGCAGUUUUUAACCUUAUAUUUGUGAAUACAGAUAUUGAAAAUUUGUUUUUCUAGUUUCGCAAAAUACACCAAAAUUAUAACAUUUAUUUUCAUUAAACAUGAUAAAAUUUUAAUCCUUAAUAUUUAUGUUAAAGCAGCUUCAAUUUUAUGACAGUAGAUAGUUAAUGCAGAGAGGCAUAUAUUUUAUUCAGCCAAAACCUUUUUUUAAUUUGGAGGGGUAGGAGGUUUGAAUGCAAUUUCAGAGAAUCUUCCGAUCAGUAAUAUGUCUGAUAUGACAAUCAGUAUGUUUUGACCGGAAAGAAAAUUAUGUCAUGUAUAAUUUUAUUUCUAACUAAGGUUUUUGAAUUAAAAGUGGAUUUAUAUGUAUGUUAGUUUUAAUGUGGAUAUAUAUGUUAAUUUUAGCAUAUUUUAGCAUGGAUGUUUGCUGUGAACCAUUCUGUGUGUUUUUCUAAUCUUUCUUUGCAUGUAUUCAAAAUUAUACACAAUUCUAUGAAAUAUGAGUAAGACUGAAAACUGUACCUGCCAAAGGGGAAAAAAAAAGAGUCUUCUACACUAUAAUUGGCCUCAUUCUUAAUUCUGAUCUAUGACGCUUUUCAUAUUUCCUUAAAUUAAUGUCUCAUAGUCAAAAUGAACUUUAAUGAAUAAUAGAACUUAAUAAGAUUUCUCAAUACAACAGAAUUCUUUAUGUAAGAUGCUUUAUAGAAAGUACCAGUUUCCAUUUUGCUUUAUAGAAAGUACCAGGUCUAUGCAAACUUUUUUGUUCUUAAAAAGUAGUAGAUGUAAAUAACUACUUAUGUGUGUAUUUACUAUAUAAAUAUCUGAAGGGAAAUGUUUGCUCAGAAUAUAGUAUGUUUAGGAUAAAUUCACUGCAGAAGAACCUGCAUUCUUUCAUUCUUAUUUGUUAUCAUUCUUAAUGUUUUAUAAUUUAGGUAUUUAAAAUAUCUUGAAAUAUGAGGAAAAAAUUUAUGCUUUUUUUGGGGGGGGAGGGAGGAUUAUAUAUUUUAUGUGUACAUCUGAAUAAGCCUGCAUGCCUUAGAUUAUUUCAUUUCACUUUUACGAAAUUCAUUAUACAAUAAGGUAGUUUUCUUAUCAUUUUAAAAAUUCUAAAAUUUAAUAAUUUCAGUGCAUUUUAACUCUUUUGUUAUAAUUAUAUAACAUACAUAAAAUAGCUCUGAAGCAUUCUGGUAAUUUUAUUUGUUAAACGAUAUUUCUCCAAAGAGGCGUUCUCUCCAAAAAACGCUAUUUUAUUGUUUUUUAUAAAGCUAUUGGAAGCAGUCCUGAAAGCCAGUUUUUAUUAGUUCCUUAAGAUGAUUUAUCACAAUGGAGUAGACAUAUUUUAAAAUCAUUCUCAUUCCUUUUAAACCAUUCUCCUUAUCACAGGAGUAAGUAAACUUGAAUGAACAGAUUAAGAAAACAUGUGGAAUGGCCCCAUUUAAUUUGCUAGUUUCAAUUUAUCUUGACACAUGAGUGUGCCAUUUCUUUUUCUUAAAGUACCAUAUGUAUGUCAGAGAAGAUGACUGUUGUUUCUACUGUUAAAAGGAAAAACGCGAACUUCCAUGUAAAAUAUAGCAUCAUAAAAGUAUUCAAAUUUGAUAAAUACCAUUUUCUCCUAAAGGAAGGGAAUUAUUCUGGGGACAUUUUUAAUGCAUUGAGUGGCAUGGCUGCCUUUCUAAAAGUAUUUUUAAGAAUGACUGACCUGAUGCAGCUAAAUAGGUGUUAAUUAAAAGCUCUAUUUUGUCCGAUAAACAGUUUCAAUUAGGAAAAACUCAUUAUCAUUUUGAUACAAUCAAAUACAAAAGUAGAGGAAAAGAAAUUACAAAACUUCCAUGCUUAUGUUAGAUACCAGUGUUUGCAGUGAUUGAUUAUAAUACUGCAUCUAUUUUUUAAAAAAUUGUAUAUAUUUAAAUGUUAUAAAUAUGUACUCAUUUUUAUUCAUCUGGAAUUUAUGUUCUUGAGCCAAAUCGUAGAACAUUUCAAUCAGUAGUAGAACUUUUCUUCAGUUUCAAUGUGAUUCUCUAUGUGUUUUAAGGUUUUGGAUACUACCUUGUUGUCUAGAUAAGGCAGCUAUUUGCACAAAUACAAUUUAUUUUGCUAUCUUUAUUAAUAAAGAAGAAAGGCUAUGAAUAUAAUCACAAAUUAUUUCAUGAAGAAGAAACGCUGUGAAUGUAAUAAAAAUUUAUACAACGUGUAGUUUGUCAAAGCAAAAUGUUAAUGUUUAUUUCAGUCUUUCAGAGGACUGAUUUACAAUUUAUGUGCAAAAUUGGGUACUUUUCUACUGCAUGUAAGUUAUCAGUCUUUCUUACCAGAUAUUUAAGGUGUAAAAUUUCAGAGAUUAUAAUUCAUUAUAAAUUGCAUGUUUAAAUCUAAUGCUAGAUUAUCUGGAUAUUGUGAACAGAAAUCUGACUACCAAAUUUAUUUUUAAAAGAAUGUAAGAAUAUUUAAUAACAUAUUUAUAUGAUUGUGUAUAUGUUAUUUUGUGAAAUACAUUAUUAAUAGCCAUUUUACAUUUGAAUAUUACUGUAAACGUAUUCAUUUAUGUUAGUGCAUUUAUAUUCAUACAAGUGUAAGUUUCUUUUUCACCUUGCCACUUUUACUCAGUACGGUUUUAGUUUAAAUCUUUGAGAAUGACAGAAAAUAUAUGUGCUGAAUUGUUGAUUAAUUUAAGAUCGUAAUAAGUAUGCAAUUUAUCAUAGUUAUGUUUGUAAGAUUUUAUUAGUUGAUUAUAAAUUAGUGUUAUUAUUUUCAUCAAUAAAAUAUUUAAAAAAAA